AAGUAACGCGUGGAAUCAUAUAAAUAUCUUGUUUACAAAUAGCCAUCAAAUACUCGGUCGAUUGUCCAUGUCCUAUCUUCGAAAAACUAUUCAUUCCAUAAACUUUGCUUAACGUUCGCUCAACUUCUCAACAAGAAAAAAAAAAAAAUUGUACUAGUGAAAUAUGGGAGGCGGUAAAGAUGAUUCUGAUAAGGGAAUCUUUAGCCAUCUUGCGGGUAUGGCUGGGGGUAUGGCUGGUCAUUCCGGUGGUCAUUCCGGUGGUCAUCACGGAUAUCCGCAGCAAGGGUAUCCUCCGCAGCAAGGGUACCCUCCUCAGCAAGGGUAUCCUCCCCAAGGAGGUGGAUACCCACCACAGGGUUAUCCUCCCCAAGGAGGUGGAUACCCACCACAAGGGUAUCCUCCACAAGGAUAUCCUCCACAACAAGGUCACCAUGGUGCUCCACACCAGUCAGGGCAUGGUGGCAUGGGCAUGGGGGGCAUGUUAGCCGGAGGUGCUGCAGCUGCAGCUGCUGCCUAUGGUGCUCAUAAGCUGUCACACGGAUCUCAGGGGCAUGGUGCUGCCCACUAUGGUGGUGCUGCCCACUAUGGUGGACAUGGAAUGAGUCCAUUUGGAGGCGGUCAUCAUGGAGGCAAGUUUAAGGGAGGCAAGCAUGGGAAAUUCAAACAUGGAAAGCACGGCAAGCACAAGGGCGGGAUGUUCGGAGGAGGGAAAUUCAAGAAAUGGAAGUAAACUAGUUAUAGUAUCAAAAACUUCACCUGGCUUUACAGUGUGCUAAUACUCGUCUCUUUAAAUAAGACUUACUACAUGUUAUUAUGGCCUAUAGGCCUGUGAGAUGUUGUCUUGUUAUGUUGCAUCUUCAGUACUAAAUUGUGUGAGAUUCUGCAAUUGGAUUGCCCCAGAGGGCCUAAACUUUUGUUA